AUGGAGGCCAUGGCACUACGGCGCCUUCGUUGGAUAACCACCACGACCAACGCCUUUCCACCCGAGCAGAGUGGAUUCCGCCCAAGUCGCUGCACUUUUGACUCGCUCGCCGACGUGGUUUCCACCCUUGAGGAGGCCAAAUUCCGCGGGGAAUACGGCAUUCUAGUGCUCCUCGAUGUGAAGAGCGCUUUCGACAGCCUGCCCCACGCAUCGAUUUUGGACGCUCUUCGCGACCUCGGUGUGGGUGGGCAGAUGCUAUCCUACGUUGAGGGAUUUUUGGGCGACCGUUCCCUUCGUGUUCGUGUGGGUUCCGUGUUUAGCGGCCCUCGUCCCGUCACUGCUGGCGUCCCUCAGGGAAGCAUACUCAGUCCCUUCCUGUUUAACCUGGUGCUGGCCAAGCUGCCGGAUUUUAUCCCGUGCGACACGCCCUGUGAAGUGCGUUCGGCGAUUUACGCUGAUGACAUUGCGCUGUUUGCCUGCGGCCCCGGCUACCAUCGUUCUGCUCUGCUCAGGUCACUCCAGGUCGCCAUCGACGCGGUCGACGCAUUUAUCAGUGGAAUUGGACUGACGCUCGCCGCCUCCAAGACGGAGGCUCUGCUCGUACACCCGCGAGCGUCGACACGCUUCAGCACACCACGGCUCUCGCUCCGGGGACUUCCUAUCGAAUGGAGCAAGACGGUGCGCUACCUCGGAGUGACAAUCAACAACCGUCUCAGCUGGCGGCCCGCUGUCGACGACCUGAGGAAGGGAAACCGCAAGGUACUCAUCGCAGCUCGUAGUCUCCUUGCGCGCGGCCGCGGCUGCACCCCGGCUCUUGCCCUACGCGUCUACAACGCCGUUGCUUCAGCCCGGGUUCUAUACCGCGUACCGGUGGCUUCGCUGAGUGCCUGCCAGCUGGCUGCCUUGGACACCGAUCAUCGGAACGCCGUACGGGAGUACUACGCACUCCCUCACAACUCCCAAGUGGGCCCUACCCUCGCUGAGGCAGGGGAAACGCCCAUCUCUCUGCGGAUCACCAAAACAGCUCUCAACCACGUGUGGCGCCUGAACAACACGGCGCAAGGGGUUCGCCUGGUCGACCGGCUCCACUCUCUCCCUCACUCAUCUCUGGGGCAGCGGGUGAGGGAGUACAUGUCGAUCGUACCGGACACGCCCUACCGCAGCUGGCCGGCCAUCCCUUCGUACCGCCACACCCCCCUGGUCAUACACAAGACCCUCGCGGGCAUCAAGGCAAAGGCGCGCACCCCCCUAGCAGCAAUGCAGCAGGAGUGUUCCGCCCUCUUGCACACUCAGCUGGCCGGGAGGCUGCUUGUUUACGUCGACGGCUCGGUGCUCCCCGACGGCUCUGCCGCCGCUGCCUGUGUUGCGCCAUCGGUUGGCGCGGUUCGCAAGUGCCGCCUGCCCUGCCUGGCCUCCUCCACCGCGGCGGAGCUCGCCACCAUCAACCUGGCAGCCGAUUUCCUGCUGGAGCAGUCAUCGAUCAGUGCGGCAGCCAUUAUCUGCGACUCCCGCGCGGCCUUGGCUGCCAUCUCUCGCGAGGAGGAUGGUAGUCUUCUGUCGCAGAGGGUAGCCAGGCAACUGCACGCCGUGAAGCAAUGCGGAUGCGACCUCUCGCUGCACUGGGUCCCUUCACAUGUGGGUAUACCAGGGAACGAGGCAGCCGACCGAGCUGCAAAGGACGCGCACGACCCCAGCACCGCGGUCACCGACUGCGUGAGCUUCUCGGACGUCGGUCGUCUCCUAAUAGCCUGCUACGUGCGCGAGCGACAUCCAGAUCUUCGCGUGGCAGCCGGCACGCCGCCGCUGCGGCUCCCUCUCAAGGGACUCUCGCGAAGGGACCGCGGGUUCCUUCUCCGUCUCCGCACUGGGGACAACUACACCGCCGAGCGCAAGCAUCGGCACUCCGGGCGUGGCAGUCCAUACAUACUGCAUCGACUGUGGCGACUUGGAGACACUCGAUCACCUGCUGCUCGAAUGCCCUGCUGGUGA